AAACCUGUUGACAAGAUCGGCGAAGUACUGGUGUCAGGAAAAAUCAAUUGGUCCAUUCAUUGAUCAAACAUCUUAUGUAAUAUUUACUGUUCAUCUGGGUUUUCCGUAAAAUAACUGAAGAAAAAUCUUCGGACGGAUCAUUGUGUACAUUUUAUUUUGGUAGCGUGCUGAGGGGUUUUCCAAUAUAAAAUACAUAUAUGCCUUGGCUCAGUAAAAGUGGAGAAAGACUGACUAACACCCCUCCUUCUUCUUCUUCUUCUUGUCGUCUCACUUUCUGUUCCCUGAUUAUUAUUCGUGCUAUUAAAUGGAGCUGUUCAUUAGACGGCGGCAUUAUGAAUCCCAUUUGCAUUCGCCCAUAUUCAUAUCGCAUACAUUAAAAAACAACACGCGCGUGACAUUUGGGCUUCAGCGGGCAUGUGAGCGCGCUGAUGAAUAUAUUCAUGACUCUCCUCGAUCCCGCCCCUGAAAAAAAGGAGGAGGAAAAAAAAAAGCACAUUAUACAAUUUGAUCCGCAGGUGAAACGGGCGCACGUUUUUGCCUUUUGUUGUUUGCGUUUUCAAAGUCGGUACGGCGGUUUAAACAAUAAAGCCGACGAGAUGCGAAGCAGCAACCGCUAAAACAACAAAAGGAUUUCCUCAGGGGGAAGACGUGGACAGUAGUAAACUGGCCAAGUGGAUCUCCAGACUUAAACUCUACAGAGAAUCAAUCAAUCAAUCAAAACUCGUCGCAUGGACGCCAGAGCAAAGAUUUCAACGCCGAACUGCAGAACAUGCUAAUCACUAGCUCACCAUGCAUCCCCAAGGAAUAACAUUUAUUUUUCGUUACAUUCUCUUUAAUGUUGGUGCGACUUGGCAUGUUACCUGCUUUCGGUGUUUGACCUUGGAGUUCCAUGCAGUGGUGCCUCGAGUGACCCGACUUAAUCACAAACUUCUCGAAAUAAACAUAAAACAAAGAAAUACAUUCUACUGUGUGUAUUUAAAACAAACGCAAAGCCUCUCCUACCUUAAUGCUAACAUGCAAUUGGUAACUAUAGGCACACGGGCUAACAAAUUAGCAUCAAUGCGGUAUCUGGAAAAAAAAAUGGUGCAGCAACACAUGCACACUGAUAAUACUCACAGGCUUAUAUUCUUUAUAGUCUGUGAAGAAUGACUCAUAUUACUGCAGUACUGAGAAGCUGAGAAAGGAGAUGAGUCCCCAGCAUUAGUACCCGUAUGUCUGUCUUAUACCGCCCCCGGGCAUAAUCUGGCUCUGUUUUGACGUGUUUUGUCAAAAGUCUCGCAGAUGUCACGCCAUACGCCCGAUUAGCCUGCUCGGGCUCGUCCCCUCCCUCUUCCCUCCCCGGCAAGGCCCGGGGGCGUCUCGCUCUUUGUGAUCGUACACGCAUUGUGCGCUUCGGUAUGCUCGUGACGCAUCAUCAAUCUGAUUCAUCCCGAGCUGCCUCGCUCCGCUGUUUGCCCUCUUUUAACUGUGUUUGUGUCCUUGUCGCGCUGGAUGCGGCGCACGGACGUCAGUGAGGGGCCGACGUCGGGCCGCCGCCCCGGGCUGGUGAGCUGAACUGGGAGAAACGGCGCGCUGAGGAUGCAGUGGGUCACCCUGGCCGUGGCCCUGGGGUUCGCGGCGGCGGCGGGUCUGGCCCGGGCGUCCCACGGCGGACCCACCCCCACCCCCACCUCCACGCACACGCCCCUGGUGGACAACUCCGAGGAGGAAGUGGACGAGCCCUGUUUCGAGCCGUGCACGUGCGAGGUCAAGGAAGGCGUGCUGCACGUGCAUUGCGAUGGCCGGGGCUUCACCAACGGGAGCCAGGUGUCACAGUCGUGGGUCCGCCCUUUCAAACUCAACCUCCAGAGGAACUCGCUGAGGCGUCUCUAUAGCAACGGCUUCCAGCACCUUGGCAACGCAGUGUCGAUAAACCUGGGCAACAACGGUCUGCAGGACAUCCGGGUGGGCGCGUUCCACGGCCUGGCCAAGCUGAGACGCCUCUACCUCCACGAGAACAAGCUGGAGGUCUUCAGGAAUGACACCUUUGCCGGCUUGGAGGCGCUGGAGUACCUCCAGGCCGACUACAACGUUAUCAAACGCAUCGACAGCGGCGCUCUGAGGUUCCUGUACAAGCUGCGGGUUCUGAUCCUCAACGACAACCUGAUCCCAGUCUUGCCUGCUCAUCUCUUCAGAUCUGUUUCGCUGACUCAUCUGGACCUGAGGGGAAACCGUCUAAAGAGUCUGGCAUAUGCCGGGACCCUGGAAUACGUGGGCCGCUCCCUCAUGGAGAUCCAGCUGGAAGAGAAUCCCUGGAACUGUGGCUGCGAGGCGGUGCAGCUGCAGCAGUGGCUGGGUCAGAUCCCCUACACUGCAGUGGUGGGGGACGUUACCUGCGAGUAUCCCUUCCAUCUUCACGGGAAGGACUUGAGGGAGAUCCCUCGCAAGGAGCUUUGCGCUGAGCUCCCGGAUAAAGACUUGCAAGUGGAAGGCGGGAGAGCCUCGGGGGGCACGCAGCCCCAACACUUGCCCCCUAAUUCCAAGCCCAACCCCCACCCAGGGCGGGUUAGACCGACCAAACCCUCUUCCAUGGUGCACGGCUCCCGUCAAAACACUCACACCUCCUCCACGUCCUCGACGUCUUCUUCCGCUGAGCGCAGGGACCGCGACCGAGCCCCGCGGCCCACCAAAAAGCCUCGCCCCUCAAGGACAUCGCCCACAUCACGCAGCCCCAACCAGAAUCCCCCCGUGGCGGGUUACCAGACCCGGCCGCCCAUUCCCAUCAUCUGUCCGCUGGGCUGCACCUGCAACCUGCACAUCACCGACCUGGGCCUGACCGUCAACUGCAAGGAGAACGGCUUCCUCAACGUUUCCCAGCUGACGCCGCGACCGCUCAACGGACGCAAGCUGUACCUGAGCGGGAACCUGAUCCAGAGAAUCUACCGUACAGACUUCUGGAACUUUUCCAGCCUGGACCUGCUGCACCUGGGGAGCAACCGCAUCUCCUACCUGCAGGAGGGGGCCUUCUCCAGCCUGACCAACCUAAGAAGCCUCUACCUGAACGGGAACAACCUGGAGAGGCUCAGCCCCGACAUGUUCCUGGGACUGCAGAAUCUCAGGUACCUUUACUUCGAGUACAACGAGAUCCGAGAGAUGGAACGGGGAACCUUGGACGCCAUGCCGUCGCUCCAGCUCCUGUUCCUGAACGCCAACCUCCUCCGGAGUCUUCCUCUGGGUGUGUUUUCCGCCGUCAACCUGGCUCGCCUCAACCUGAGGAACAACCACCUGCUGCAGCUCCCCACGGAGGGCGUCCUGGAGCACCUGACGGGCUUGGUUCAGGUGGACCUGCAGCAGAACCCGUGGGAGUGCAACUGCGAAGCGGCGCCCCUCAAGCGCUGGCUGGAGGGCCUUAGCGCCGUGGUGGUGGUGGGCGAGGUGGUGUGCCACUCCCCAGAAAAAACCAAAGGCGUGGACCUGCGCUCGCUCUCCAUGGAGGUUCUGUGCCCGGAGCUGGAGCCCCAAGAGGAGUGGGAGCAGCGGGGGGUCACCUCGGCCACGGUCGACGGGGGAGCGCCGGGCGCUCACCCCGACGCGGAGCCCAGUCCCCUGAUCCCCCCCGGGAAGGAAUCCAUCCCGCUCUCGGUGCUGGUUCUCAGCCUUCUGGUUCUGUUCGUGUCGGCGUUUUUCGCCGGGGCGGCGCUCAUCGCGUACACCCUGCGGCGGCGGGACAAGCUCCCCUUCCGCCGCCAGGGGGAGGUGGACCUGGCCGGCAUCCAGAUGGAGUGCGGGAUCUUCACCGAGGGGAACCACCACCACCACCACCACCACCACGGUCUGGCCGAGACGCCGCCCCAACAUAACCACGUCUACGACACCAUCUCGGUGGCCAAAAGCCCCGACCCCGCGGAGAAGAAAAGGAGGGCGUCCGGCGGGUACCGAUCCACGGCUGAGAAAGACAGAGAAUGGACCCUCCGGAUGACCUCGUCCCCCAUCAGCACCGUGGCCGGGGCCGUGGGCCCCCUGGCGCCAGGCCUCCACGAGAACGGCAUCCUGUGCCCCACUGUGAUAGACAGCCAGGGCCCCACACCCAAGGUAGAACUGGUGGACUGCCUGUUCAGACUCCCCACCCCGGAGUUCCAGGACCUGCGAGACAGGUACUCCAGGCCGCCGCCUUGCUACCCUCACCCGCAGGACGCCCAGCUGCAGGACGCCGCCACCUCCGCCGGGUCCCAGAUCCGCGUGGUCACCGCGGCCGAGGAGGACAGCGAGCCGGGCGCCCGUCUGAUGACCACGCCGGACUACAUGGAGGUUUUGGACCGUUCCUACCAGUUUUAGCUGCCAC